UGUGAAGUGGUGUGAAGGGCGAUGAAGAAAUGAGGGCGAAGUGGAUGUUUCUGUUUUGUUUGUUCCGUUGUGAUGUUCUGUGGUGCGUUGAGAGUUGUCAAAUAUACUAAAAGUGCAGUGUAGGAUCCAAAAUCCAAUUUAAUUUAAUAAUAUUAGCAUUUUUAUGUAUAUAAAAUGUGUGGAGGCUUUACGUGCUCCAAAAAUGCUCUUAUUGCCCUCAACGUGUUAUACAUCGUAGUCGCAAACAUCUUAAUAGGGGUAGCUGUAUACGGUAGGGCAGCUUCCCUGGUGACAAAUUUACCUAUCGUCGGGGGAAUUUUAGCAUGCGGCAUUAUACUAAUACUGAUCUCAGUGCUGGGGCUCCUCGGGGCUGUGAAGCAUCAUCAAGUCAUGUUAUUCUUUUACAUGGUCAUCCUAUUUUUACUAUUCCUUAUUCAAUUUUCUGUGGCUUGUGCUUGCUUGGGUGUAAACAAAGAACAGCAAGCUCAGCUGGCAGAACAAGGAUGGAUUCAUGUAGAUAAUGAUACAUUGUCACAAGUACAAGAUAGUUUCAGGUGCUGUGGUUUUGAUGAUAAGGUUGAUAAGGAGGUUCAUCAUCCUACUUGUGAGCCUCAAAGAUGUUGUGUUCCACCAGAUACAGACAACUGUCAGUGUCCACCAUGUAUGGAGAAGUUACAAAAUACAAUAAACUAUGCAUUUAAACUAUGUGGAUGGAUUGGGCUAUUUUUCAGUUUUACUGAGUUCAUGGGCGUUUUACUAACCGUACGUUAUCGUAAUCAGAAAGAUCCGAGAGCUAACCCCAGUGCUUUUCUAUAACAGCUAUACAAUCAGUGGUGGGUCUAGAAUAUAUUUACUAUUGUUUAAGUUUUGCUUAUGGUUAUAUUGAUGGAGAAAAUUAUUUGUAGCUUAGGAUGUGACUAUUUUUACCCGCGCUAAAGCUCGUCAUACCCGUUAUUCUUGAGAGUUAAUUUUGUACGUGUAUGGCCAGCUUAAACUUAGGUAAGACUAAUUAUAUUCUAAGCGGUCUCUUAUUUUAAAAUGUAUCUGUGACAUGUGAGCGUUUAAAAAGAUAAACAGUUUAACAGUAUUAUAUUACAUUAAUUCCAGUAUUCAUCAUUAAUACACUUCUGAGGCUUACUGAACGUGCAUGUUAAGGACAAGUAUUUCUUUCCUACAACCGCCAAAAAAGUCGGUUUUAUUGUUCACAAUCGGCCAUUUAAGAUUGACAUUGCCCGAGUAGUUGUAACUGAUAGAUUUGUCGUCCUAAAGCGAUAAAUUAGUAGAAGCAAGUUUGUACUGACCGUGUGUUACGACAGAAAUGUAUAAUUUAUUAUAAAAACAGACACAUUGAAUGCUGGUUUAACUCUAAUAUUUUGAAUGUUUUUUAUGUUAGGUACUAAAGAUGGAAAAUACCUUUAUAUAAUUGUGAAAGUAUUUCUACUUAUAUUGUAAUAUUAAACUGCGGUUGUAGAAAAAUCUUGUGUGCUUUACGGACGCCAAGGAUUGUGGCGCUGUCGAAAUACCGUCGCGCUCCAUCUCGAGUCAUCGUUUCCGAGCAGCAAAGUAAUACAUACUUUGUGCUCUGGAUACACAAAUCCCAGAUAGCAGAAUAAACUUGUUUCUGACUUGCAGCAAGUUUGUUGUAUCACAAAUGCAGGCUUGCUUCAAGCUUGCCAUGGCAACCCUGCACACUUGCAGCAAGUUUAAAUCAAACUUUCUUGUCCCAUACGACAAACUUGCUUAAAGUUUACUUUUAUAAAUAUUAUACAAAGUUUAUAUAAUAAAUUUGUAUAAAGUUUGUUUUGAUAUAUCCAGUUUUGACAUGACAAACUUGGCAAUGUAACUUGCAAAACAGUUUAGCCCCUAAAUCGAAUCACAUUAGAUACAUGAUUUUACUGACGUUUUGGUUGUCCCUGAAAUCAAUAUCGAGGAACAUAAUGUAACAUUUGAUUAGAAAGACGUUCAAUCCACAUGGAUGAAUGCUGAUGUAGACCAAGUCACAUUUACGAUAAUUCUCCUUCUGUAAGGGGUGCUGGCGCAUCCGAAACGUCAGUAAAAUCGUUUAUCCAACUAAUGAGAUUCGAUUUACUAGGUUCACGAGGAUAGUUAUAUGCACUAUAUACAGGAAACACAGCAGAGUAAAGUUGUAAAUAAUAAAUACCAAAGAGAUCAUGCAAGUUUUAGCAGAAUAUAUUGCGAAUACCAGGAAAAAAGGUUCUAAAUAUAAACUCAAUUUUUUCUAUGCUCCAACUAUCACGAAGGCCUAAAACACCCAUGGGGUACGUGGGGCUAUAGGGGAAACAGGGAAAGCGAGCGAACACGUGUGCAUGCAGCAUGCACACAUUCUGGCACCGCCUACGAGAUCCGCCGAGUGGUACCUCCGCGUUAGACAUCAGAGACCAUCUACGACCUAGCGAAAUCGCUGUACGAUAAAGUGGAAAAGGUGGAAAACGUAAACGCAAGUGCCACGCCAACAUGGUACAUGGCACACCGUUGCCAAAUCCAUUGGUCGAUCGGAUUUUUGUCGUCAAUUUGUGGCGCGAAUUUCAAAUAAACGUUUGUCUAUAUUUAUUCCUUUACAUAAUAUACUUCAAAUCAUGAACAGAAUACACUCGGCUGUACCAAGCCAUGCACUGUGGAAAAAGUAACGUAUUUGGGAAAGGAUCGAAUUUUUCUCUGCGAUAUGGUAUAACUGCAUAUGCAAGUUGCGGAGCUCUUAUGCAGAAGUAGAUAACGAAAAUAAAAUUACUGUUAAUAACGAUUAAUAGAAAAACCUACAAAACAUUGAUUAAUUCCUCAGAUGUUGGGAAAUUCCUUAUACAUUGGCAGUUCUGAUUACUUCACCUUACUUCCGAUAGAUGGCGAACAUGAAGUUGUUGUUGCAACCUUGUCACAAACUUGCAGCUCUUUGCAGCAAUAUUUUCACAAGCUUCGUCAUAUUUGACGGUAACAACUUACAAUCAAAGGGAAACGAAAGUUUGUCACAAGUUAACAUGCUAUCUGGAUUCGUUGUAGUGUUGUAUAUGGGAAUAUAUAAAUGAAGAUGAAAACUAGUCUUCUAUUGCAUGUAAAACAAACACCAGUGAGAUCUGUUCUAACAUUUAUUUUUAUUAGAUAAUAGGUUUGUUACUAGCGAGACGCUAUCGAAACCAGUCUGACCCAGAAGACGAUAAACUUGCUACAGCAGUUUUCCCACGUCACAACUUCACAUACUAAUCUAGUCAUUGUGUUCAAAUAAUUUAUGUAUGUUUACGUUAUAUUCCUCAUGCCAAAGAUCUUCAUUCUUUUUAUAAAUAAAUUCUUUGUACACCCAUAUUUCUUUCAUCUGUUCAUGACAAUCAAGCUACAGCUUCAAAGUAUGCAGAGCGCUAGGGCUUCCUACAUUUAUGUAAUACAUUUGUUAAUGAAUGUCUGUACUAUAGCAAAUAAUGAAUCGUGUAAGAACCUUGAACUCAGUAGCCAUUUGAACAAGUAAUUGAUAGGAGCUAAAAGUAGUGUUAAUAUAUGCAACACUCGUCGUCUUUACAAUUUUAAGUUUCUCGCUACUCCAGGGGUUUGCUUUUGCGGUAAUAUUCACCUUACUCGCUCUACACACGGGCGUGAAGUCAACUCGCGUGCAAAAAGCGCGCGUUUAGCCUUAGCCAGAUGGCGCGCGUCGACGUGUGCGCGGAUUUGUUGGCCCGCGUACAGUUUUAUAUAGAGUAGGACAAAUUUAAUGUUUUCUGAUUAAAUGUAACGAGCUUAUUUUCAACAAUUUGAACGCACGGGAUUAAAAUUGUGCCAAUGCCAGGCACCAUUUUUUAGAUGUAACAUAUAUUUCAAAAUCCGGUUGUUAAAUAGAGAUAUAAAAGAAAAACUUAAAAUUGGGAAGAAGAAAAUGGUGAAACAUUUUAAAAUCAACUCAAAACUCUUUACUAAUACAAUAUACUUUUACUAGCAACUAACCAUAAAAAAAGAUUAAAAACAACAUUUUAUACAAACUUAUACAGAUGUCAUAUAUACUGUACUGUAUGUACUGUACUCCAUUCUUUUUCUGUAUAAAAAGUUACUAUAACAUACGAGUCACUGAUGUACCUAUAACGGUAUUAUUCGAAAUACUUGUCAGGGCUUGUCGACGCAUGUCGGAACGCGUCCCGAGCGAACAGAAAGUCGCGCGUUUUUUGUAGCGCGCCAAUUUGACGCUUGUGUGUGGUAUUUGAUAUACUUUUUUAAACUGUUCAAUAUAUGUAUAUUUUUGAAACUGUAGCUUCCGACUGUUUAGUGUAAGCUGAUUUUAGCUCUGCUGUGCUUAUAAAUUGCCAUAUUUUAUUGCCUUUAUAAUCUUUUUUAUAACUUUUAAUGUGAUGUGUAAUUAAGAUCUUAGCACGUUAUAGUUUUUUCGAUGUGAUCGUCUAUUUUAGCUCAAACGCGAACUAAAGUAUUUGGUAGAUAAAAUAUUACUCCAGCAUUUCUAAGCGAGCCUGUAACAAAAUAUUUCACUAUAAUUUGGUGUUAAAUGUUAUAUAUUGUUUUAUAAUGAGUAAAUAUGUUGGAGUAGCUCAUUUCCUGUAGAAUCGUUUCUGAAACUUUUCUACUGUUUUCUAGGAUGUUGAGUAUAGUGAUACAUGUUAGGAAUAGAAGGUAAAUAAGGAUAACUUAUUUUAUGAUACUUGCAAAGCGCUCGUCAGAUAAAAGACACUGUGACUAUUGUCGUAGUACAUAUAUGUGUAUAUUUUGUGAAAAAAUAGCUUGUGAUUUAAGUUAUGUAGUUUUUCUUUUGUUUAAAUUAAAGACACUUCGGCAACCUGUAA